AUGGAAAACAAGAGUGGUUUUGAAACCUUCCUUCUAGACAAUGGAGUUUUCAUCUUCAAGCUUGCUGAUGUAGAAGACAAACGCAGAGUUCUGGAUGAAGGCCCUUGGAAUGUUGGAAGAAAACCUCUUUUCCUCCGCCAAUGGAAUCGCUACCUCCAACCGCAUCGCCUCGACCUUAGCUCGCUCCCUCUCUGGGUCUCCCUCCUUGGGCUCCCUUUGCAUUUUUGGUGUGAGGAGGGCCUUAGCGUGAUUGGCUCGGUCCUUGGAAACCCUCUCUAUUCCGAUGGCAGAACCAAACUCCAGGAUCGUCUCGCCUUCGCCAAAAUUUGUGUGGAAGUUUCGGCGGAUGCUCCCUUGCCAGCUUCCAUCCUCGUUGUUGAUGAUGAAGGGUUCUCCUUCAACCAGGCUGUACAUUACGAAUGGACCCCUCCUCAGUGUUUAUCCUGCAAGUUGUUUGGCCAUUCGAUCGAAAAAUGCCCUGCUGCUGGGCGUGGCGCCUCCGCUAAAGAUCCCUCUGCAGGAGCUGUCUCCUCUGUUCCGCCUUCUUCUAGUGAGAAUCCCAUCCAUGCCUUGGAUCUCUGCCCCAGCGGUACCUCAGCCGAGGUUCCUGGUUCGAUAAUCAUUCCUCCUGCUGUGACGGUUUGUAGUCACAACGUAGUGGAUGGGGAAGGAACCGAGUCCACAGUCGUCCCUGUUGUGACCGGAGUAGCGUGCCCCAUAAUCGCGGCUCCAGUUCUCCUUGUUGCUACCGGAGUAGAUGUCCCAGCCUCUUCUCCGCUUGCUGCUGCUCUCCCCACCCUCCACCGUGGUCAGGGAAGAGGCAGCCGCCGUAGACCUCGUCGGAAAGGUCUCCCUGCUUCGCCUUCUCCUCGCCGGCCUUCUCUCUCUGCUCUAGUGGACCCCCCUGCAACUGCAGGGUCAACAGAGACGGAACAGGUUCUCUGCGAUGAUGUCGCCUCCUCCCUCGAGGCGCUGACCUCCUCUCUGCCUGCGGGUCAUGUAGCCCCUGUUGAAUCUGCCAUCCCUUCUGUCUCUAUUGAGUCUGUCGCCCCCUUGCAGAUUUCCCCUUUGCCUCUCGGUAUCUCUGCCUUCCUCAAAUCGUUGCCUAAGGGAUUUUUAUCCCCUAGGCCCUCUCUCUCCUCGAUCUCUCCUCCUACCGAUGUGGUCCCCCUCCCAAUAGACGUUGUCCCCCGUGCAAUCGAUGUGGUCCCCACUGUGAUGGAUUCAUCCCUCAAUUCUGAUUCAAGAAUUUCCAAUUUAUGUGGUCAGCCUAUUGACCCGGGUUAG